UCAACGCGCAUCCGGUUCGCUGGGCGGUGACGCGGUGGAGAAGGCGAACUCGGGCCACCCGGGCCUGCCGAUGGGCUGCGCGCCGAUUGGCCACGUAUUGUUCGACGAGAUCAUGAGGUACAACCCUAAGAACCCUUACUGGUUCAAUCGCGAUCGGUUCGUGCUCUCAGCUGGCCAUGGAUGCAUGCUUCAUUAUGCUCUGCUUCAUCUUGCUGGAUACGACAGCGUCAAGGAGGAGGAUUUGAAGGCUUUCAGGCAGUGGGGAAGCAGGACUCCUGGUCACCCUGAGAACUUUGAAACACCAGGGAUUGAAGUCACUACUGGUCCUCUGGGGCAGGGUGUUGCAAAUGCUGUAGGGCUGGCACUUGCAGAGAAACAUUUGGCUGCCCGAUUCAACAAGCCAGACAACGAGGUCAUCGACCAUUAUACGUAUUGUAUACUUGGGGAUGGUUGUCAAAUGGAGGGAGUUUCAAAUGAAGCUUGUUCUCUUGCUGGACACUGGGGCCUAGGUAAAUUGAUUGCUUUCUAUGAUGACAACCACAUCUCUAUUGAUGGAGAUACAGAAAUUGCAUUCACUGAGGAUGUGACUGCACGAUUCGAGGCUCUCGGGUGGCAUACUAUUUGGGUCAAGAAUGGAAACACUGGCUAUGAUGAGAUCCGUGCUGCAAUCAAAGAGGCAAAGGCUGUCACGGACAAGCCAACACUGAUCAAGGUAACAACCACCAUUGGUUAUGGAUCACCAAACAAGGCGAACUCUUACAGCGUGCAUGGAAGUGCUUUGGGUGCUAAGGAAGUUGAUGCAACCAGACUGAACCUUGGAUGGGAUCAUGAGGCAUUCCAUGUGCCUGAAGAAGUGAAGAGACAUUGGAGCCGCCAUGUACCUGAGGGUGCUGACGUUGAAACGGAAUGGAAUGCCAAAUUUGCUGAGUAUGAGAAGAAGUACAAGGAGGAGGCUGCAGAGCUGAAAAAAAUCAUCACCGGAGAAUUGCCUGCAGGAUGGGAGAAGGCUCUUCCGACCUACACACCUGAAAGCCCAGCUGAUGCUACCAGGAAUCUAUCACAACAAUGCCUGAAUGCACUUGCUACAGUUCUCCCUGGAUUUAUUGGAGGCAGUGCUGACCUGGCAUCAUCCAACAUGACACUACUCAAGAUGUUCGGAAACUUCCAGAAGGAAACACCUGAAGAGAGGAACCUCCGAUUUGGUGUCAGAGAACACGGAAUGGGUGCCAUUUGCAAUGGCAUUGCCCUCCAUAGCCCUGGUCUUAUCCCCUACUGUGCUACUUUCUUCGUCUUCACUGAUUACAUGAGGGCUGCUAUGAGGAUCUCCGCCUUGAGUGAGGCAGGAGUUAUUUAUGUGAUGACCCAUGAUUCAAUUGGGCUAGGAGAAGAUGGGCCCACCCACCAGCCCAUCGAGCACCUGGUCAGCUUCCGAGCAAUGCCCAACAUUUUGAUGCUCAGGCCAGCUGAUGGUACUGAAACAGCAGGAGCUUACAAGGUUGCGGUUCUCAACAGGAAGAGGCCAUCUGUUCUUGCUCUCUCAAGGCAAAAGCUUCCUCAGCUUCCAGGAACUUCAAUUGAAGGAGUAGAAAAGGGAGGAUAUAUCAUUUCAGAUAACUCUUCAGGAAACAAGCCUGAUCUCAUUCUAAUGUCCACGGGUUCUGAGCUAGAGAUUGCUGCCAAGGCUGCGGAUGAACUGAGGAAAGAGGGGAAGGAAGUUCGGGUCAUUUCAUUCGUGUCUUGGGAGUUAUUCGAGGAGCAGUCGGAAGAGUAUAAAGAGAGUGUGCUCCCUAGCGGUGUUGAGGCUAGGGUUUCUAUUGAAGCGGGGUCAACAUUGGGUUGGGAGAAGUAUGUAGGGAAGAAGGGAAAAGCUAUCGGAAUUGAUAGGUUUGGUUCAAGUGCUCCUGCUGGAAAGAUUUACAAGGAAUUCGGUUUGACAGUGGAGAACGUUGUUGCGUCUGCAAAGGCUUUGUAAGUUUUUGAGUUAAGAGAAGAGCUAUCCCAGGUCUGGUGCAGUUCAAGUAGGCAGCGAUUUGCAUUAGAACAUUUGAGUUUUAGAAGUGGAGGAGAUUGAAUUUCUAACUUCUGGACUAUAAUAAAGCAAUUCCAAUCGUACUCCAGUUUCCUUACUUUUUUUAUGGGUGAGUUUACUGUCACGAUUGGAUGUAAACUGUUCUGAGAACUCUGGUAAUAAAGUCAUAAGAACUAUUAGGGUGGCUUUGCAUACCCAACUAUUGUUCGUUUGAAAUUCUAUCUAUUUCUAGCGGUUUCUGUGUUGUAAUAGA